UGUCUUCUGUGUGUGAACUAGUGGAGCUGUUAGAUUGUCCUGGGCUCCGCACACAGCUGACUUCUCUCCUGUUCUCCCUGCUCUGCCAAGUUAAAGACUUUGAAGAUGAGGGUGUGGAUCAUCUUCCUCCUGUGCCUGGCUGGCCACGCCAUGGCUGCUCCUACUGAGGAGGAGCCCGUCGUGGAAGAGCUAGUUACCGAGGAGCCAGUUGUUGAGGAUGUUGCCCAGGAGACCGAGGUGGGCGCCAACCCUGUGCAGAUUGAGAUUGGAGACUUUGAUGAGGCCAUUGAGGUUGUUGAAGAAGAAGAAGUUGUCACUGAGAACGCCUGCCUGAACCACCACUGCAAGAAGGGCAAAGUGUGUGAGGUCGAUGAAAGCAACACCCCCAUGUGUGUGUGCCAGGACCCCUCCACCUGCCCCGCUGCUGAGGGAGAGUUCGAGCAUGUUUGCGGCACCGACAACAAGACCUUCGACUCCUCUUGCCAGUUCUUUGCCACCAAAUGCGCCCUGGAGGGAACCAAGAAGGGCCACAAGCUGCACAUCGACUACAUCGGACCCUGCAAAUACAUUGAGCCCUGCCUGGACAGCGAGCUGAACGAGUUCCCCCUGCGUAUGAGGGACUGGCUGAAGAACGUCCUGGUGACUCUGUACGAGCGCGACGAGGACAACAACCUGCUGACCGAGAAGCAGAAGCUCAGGGUGAAGAAGAUCUACGAGAAUGAGAAGAGGCUGCAGGCCGGCGAGCACUCUCUGGACCUGCUGGCUCACGACUUUGAGAAGAACUACAACAUGUACAUCUUCCCCGUCCACUGGCAGUUCGGACAGCUCGACCAGCACCCCGUCGACGGGUACCUGACCCACACAGAGCUCUCCCCCCUGCGCGCCCCUCUCAUUCCCAUGGAGCAUUGCACCACCCGCUUCUUUGAGCAGUGUGAUGGCGACAACGACAAAUACAUCGCCCUGGACGAGUGGGCCAAGUGCUUCGGCAUCAAGGAGCAGGAUGUGGACAACGACCUCAUCAUCUAAGCUCCUCUGAGCAGCUCCCAGUCGCUCCUGAACGGGUCCAGGUGCUGAUCCCUAAGUUAAAAAAAAAAGAAAUCACAAUAACGGUGCUACUUGCAAAUUCUUUGUUUUGUUAAUACUGACCUUUUCCUACCUAUACCACUAAAAAAAAAAAAAAAAAAAAAGAUCAUAAAAGAGAAAUGUGCACAGUCUGUACUAACCAUCACGCGUUCACGCGACUUUGAAUUCUCUUGUUUGUCGAAACAAAACACCCAGUAAAAGAAAACUAAAGACCUCUGGUGUAAAUGUACGUUGUUGACAAUAUUAUAUAUAUGUUUAUGAUUUGUUCAAGGUUUUUAAAUCGGAGAUCAAUUUGAAUUCAAUUACUGUGAGGAGACAAAACUGUAAAGUGGAAAAAUAAAGUUUCUAAAUAAAU